CCCACAGAACUCAACCAUGCAGCAGCUCAACUCAUCUAACAGCUCGCUCAUCGCUCCUGUCUCUACUGAGAACCUGAUUGCCAGUAGUGUGUUGGCAUUUUGCUUCAUACUGGGAGUCCCUGGUAAUAUUGCUGUAAUGGUGCGUCUGUCUGGAUGGCUGAAGAGAGGCAGUUUCACCCCGAGACUGAUGCUAAGCCUGGCCAUAUCAGAUCUACUCACUCUGAUUUUUCUGCCAGUUUGGAUUUGGGAUCUUCUGCAUGAAUGGGUGUUUGGCUUGGUCUUGUGUAAGCUUCUCUCUUACAUGGUCUACUUAAGCCUCUACUGCAGCAUACUGUGUGUGGUGUUGAUGAGCAUGCAGCGAUACAUCCAAGUGCUGCAUCCUGAGAAAUGGAAGAAGCUUGGCAGAAAAGGAAAGAAGAUCCUUUUGAGUGGGAUGUGGAUGUUAAGUGCAGUUUUUUCUUGCUAUGCUCUUGUACAGCGCAGUCUAAGCUUGAACAAAAAAGAACGUCUUCAGUGCAGGCUAAGCUAUCGGUACGAUGUUGAAAGAGUGGCUACUUUAACCUGGCAGAUGAUAAUAUUUGUGGCUUCAUUCACCAUCGUAUCUUAUUUCUACUUUCAUCUUCACAGAGGAGUUAAUAACUCAGCUUUCUUUAGCAGUAACUCAUUGACCAAGCUGGUGACCAGAAUUGUGGUGUGUUUUUUUAUUUUUUGGAUCCCGGGUCAAAUCUCCAACAUUGUGAUCAUCUUUGCUGCAUUCACUGGGAAUGGCAGUCUGUUAAGAUCUGCAGUAUCUGUAGAUAAUAUUACUACAGCUCUGGCUUUUAUCAACAGUUGUGUGAACCCCUUCCUGUACGCUUUCUCUGCUCGGGCUCUUCAACAGGGAACAGCUGGAACAGAUGAUCCUUAGUUUCUUGAAGAUAUAGAGGUUUGAGUGAGCUGAUGCACGUCUCUGACAGCCUUUCACAGACAUUGCAUUUAAAGGCACACCAUAUAAAAUUAUACAAAUCAUUUUGCUUAUUCUUGCAGUCUAUUUUUAUAGUUUGUUGCAUCCUCUAAUUUUUUUUAUUACACCUUUUAAUAUACAUUUUCAGAUUCAUUUCUUAAUUAAUAGUGAGGCUUUAUGGUUUUUUAACUUUUAUUCUACCUAAUACAUUUAAACCAAAAGCAUAACGGCUUGAAACAAAGAAGUACGUUUUAAAUUACAAUUAUUUUACUAUAUGUUUGUUGCAUGUGUUAAAAAAAAGAGCUUAACGUUAAUGUAUCCUAAGUCUGUAACCUAGUGAACGAGUGUUAAUGUAUUCAUUGCUGGAGACCUCAAAUCACUUUUGUACAUUGCUCAGGAUAAGUUCAUCUGACAAAGGUUGUGAAUGUAAAAUUUGUAAAGUGACAAAUGUUAAUCAGUCAAA